UCAGCCUCCCUGCUUUAGUCCACUCCAGCAGCCAUCCCAGACCUUUCUCCUGCUCCAGCCCAGACCCUUCUUCAGCUCCAGCCCAGACCUUUCUCCUGCUCCAGCCCAGACCCUUCUCCUGCUCCAGCUCAGACCCUUCUCCUGCUCCAACCCAGACCCUUCUUCAGCUCCAUCCCAGACCCUUCUUCAGCUCCAGCCCAGACCCUUCUCCUGCUCCACCAUGAGCUCCUACCGCUCCUCUGCUCAGUCGGCCCAGUCUGGCUCCUCCUCCUACCGCCGCACCUUUGGCGCAGGGUACAGCCCUGCCAUGUCACAUUCCCUCUAUAGUAGCCGGGGCUCGGGCGGGGGCCUCGGACUCGGACAUGGUGGCUCCGGGCACAUCUCCUCCCGGGUCUACGAAGUCACCAAGACCUCCGCCUCGCCCUCUUACUCCGGCUACCGCACCUCGUCUCACUUCGGCGGACCUGUGAUGUCAUCGACCGCACACGGUUCGCGGUCCUACGCGGGGAUGGGGGAGACGCUGGACUUCAACCUGGCCGACGCAGUGAACCAGGAGUUCCUCCACACGCGCACCAACGAGAAGGUCGAGCUGCAGCACCUGAACGACCGCUUCGCCAGCUACAUCGAGAAAGUUCGCUUCCUGGAGCAGCAGAACGCUACGUUGGUGGUGGAGAUUGAGAGGCUGCGGGGGCGUGAACCCACACGCAUCGCCGACCUGUACGAAGAGGAGAUGAGGGAGCUGCGUCGCCAGGUGGAGGCCUUGACCAAUCAGAGGAGCCGUGUCGAGGUGGAGAGGGACAACCUGGGAGAAGACUUGGACAAACUCAAAUUCAGACUGCAGGAAGAGAUCCUUCAGAGGGAGGACGCAGAGAACAACCUGGCUGCUUUCAGAGCUGAUGUUGAUGCUGCCACUCUGGCCCGUCUAGACUUGGAGAGACGCAUCGAGACCUUACAGGAGGAGAUCGCCUUCCUCAAGAAGAUUCACGAGGAGGAGAUCCGUGAGAUGCAGUCCCAGAUGCAGGAGACCCAGGUGCAGAUCCAGAUGGACAUGUCCAAGCCAGACCUGACAGCUGCCCUCAGGGACAUCAGGGCCCAGUACGAGGGCAUCGCAGCCAAGAACAUCUCGGAGGCCGAGGAGUGGUACAAGUCUAAGGUGACAGACCUGAACCAGGCGGUGAACAAGAACAACGAGGCUCUGAAGCAGGCCAAGAUGGAGACCAUGGAGUUCAGACACCAGCUCCAGUCCUACACCUGUGAGAUUGACUCACUUAAAGGCACCAACGAGUCUCUGAUGAGGCAGAUGAGAGAGAUGGAGGAGCGCCACGGGCGGGAGGCCGGCGGGUUCCAGGACACCAUUUCCCGUCUGGAGGCUGAGAUCGCCAACAUGAAGGAUGAGAUGGCCAGGCACCUGAGAGAGUACCAGGACCUGCUCAACGUCAAGAUGGCCCUGGACGUAGAGAUAGCAACCUACAGGAAACUUCUGGAGGGAGAGGAGAGCAGGAUUUCCCUGCCCAUACAGAACUAUUCCACCAUGACUUUCCGUGAAACGAGCCCAGAGCAUCAUCAUCGCGUUGCUGAGUCACACUCAAAGAAAAGUGUCCUUAUCAAGACCAUCGAGACCCGCGACGGAGAGGUGGUCUCUGAGUCAACACAGCACCAGCAGGAUAUCAUGUAACAGACAGCAGAAGAGAAGAUGAAGACCGCGGGAAGACAAGACGAAAUAAAUACGAAAAGGACUUUAACAACUCACCUUGAUGGCCCUUAGUUGUUCUUAUUUGAAAGACGUUAAGUCUUUAAAGACACAAAGGUCAUUCCCUCAAGUUAAAUAGUCAAACAGCUGGGUGACUUCAAGUACGAGCCGACCUGUUUGUAAUUUCCUACUACAUCUAUGUGCACCGUUUGCCUUUAUUUAUUACUAUAUAUGAUACUGUACGUUCUAUCACAAGGGGGAAGUUAGUAUGAGGAGGGUUCUCAAUCGACAGAGAGGCAGAGGAGAGGGGUGAGAAGGGAGAGAUGUGUCUGGGGAAAAGGAGAUGGGGGGUGAAACAGGUGAUAGGAUAGACAAAAUGAAAGAUGGAAAGAGGGAAUAUGGAAUGAGAGUGAGGCUGACAAUCGCUUAUGCUGUUCUGAAUGGUGAACCUAUAGGUUGGUUAACAAAUAAAACAAACAGCGACACACGGUCA